UUGUGUUGUUGGCAAAUGAGUCAGAAAUUUUCUUCAACUACAUCAUCUAUUUCCGUAAUAAAAUGAGUUAGAUUAUCAUUUAUAUGUUUUAGACGUAACCAAUCGAAAGGUUGAAAUGGCUGAUGCAGAGGAGAAUCCUCCACCCGAGGAUGAAAACAUUGAAGCUGACAUAUUCAUCGGUCCAGAGGCUGACAGAGUACCAGAGAAUGGAAACACAAUAGCUGAAGAUGAAAAUACAGAUGGGAAUGGAUACCCAGAGGUCGAGGCCGACCAAGUGUCCCAUGAGAACAAUCCUGAUGAGAUAGGUGGUGGUUUAGAGGUUGAAGAGGCGGCAUGCUGUGUGGAUCUUGCUCUAAUUGCUGCUUGUGGAGAUGGUGUUCCAGAGGCCGAGGCUGAUCAAGUAUCCACCCACACAAAUCCUGUAGAAGAUGAUAGUAGUCUAAAUAUUGUAAAGGCUGCAUCAAAUGCAGAUUUAGAAUUUGGUGGAAAUGAAUUUCUUGAAGUUGAGGCCGACCAAUUAUCACCAAGUAAAAAUCUUGAUGGAAACCUUCGUCUUGCUUCUGUGGAUGGUGCGUCAAGUGCACCUGAAGCUGUUGGUAGUGAUUAUGCUGAUUCAGAUUUGAAAGAGUAUCGAACCGAAGAUGACCAAGCUUCUCCUUGUGAUAAUCCUGGUCUUGUUGAUGAUGCUGUCCUUCCGGAGCAUCUAACGGCUGCUGGUGAUGACACUGAUCCUGAUCUACGAACCGAAGAUGACCGGGGGGCUGUUGGAGUGCACAUAACUGAGAAUGUCGGACAAGCAGCUGACUUGAAAUCUGAAGAAAACCUUGGGUCUGAUUUUCCAGCAGAUGCCGACUUAGAUUCAUUGGUUGAGUCAGAAAUUCCCGGUGAUGUCGCUUGUGAUAAUUUGGACAACUCUAGUACAGAAUCAGGAGUAAAAGAGGAUGUAGAUUUGGCUUGUGUGGAAGCAGGGUUAGACACAGAGGCAGACAGUGGUGAUGGUCUUGGGCAAGUUGAAUUAGAAGCAGCUGCUAAAGGGGAGGAACCUUUAGCAGCUGAGGGUGACGUUGUACAAGUUCUGGAUGUUGUACACAGUGAAGAAGGGGACAACGUUGCUACUAUGUCACAAGCUGCUGGUGUUGGUAUUGAUGUUUCUUUUGAACCUGAAUGUGAUCAAGGACCGAGUGAUAAUUCUGCUCACAGCUCUCAGAUUUUUUGUGAUGAGGACUUUCAGGUGGAUGAGGUUAGACACGAGGCUGAUCUGUCUGAGGGGUUGGAGAGUGACGCAAUACACAAUGAUCUUGUUAUCAAUGAUGCCGACCAACCUGAGGAUAUGAUUGGGGCAUGUGGUGGUUGUGAUAUGGAUCAUAUUCCUAAAAACUAUGAAGCUUCUUGUUCCUCUGAUAUAAGGAAUGGAGAAGAAAUAUGUGAUUCUUUGAGUGACACUUUGCCUGUUGAUCAGAGUAGGGAACCCACUAUAUCUUGCCCAGAACUAGUGCCUGAUGUCACAAACUCUGAGUGUGUCAAAACGGAAUCGUCUCGGAACAUAUCAGUUUAUGGGGAAGAUGUGUUACCGCGCAAUAAUUUGGCUGUGAACUCGCAAAGUGGUGAGAGUUUAUUAGAAAUUGAAACGGCUAAUACAGAAAGUUGCACUGCCUUAAAUAGUCACAAAGAGAGUUCAGAUGAUCUUGGUUUGGAUCAGGCUGAUGUCGGAAUCGAACAUAGGAGAGGCAGUUAUGACCAAAAUCUUGUCGCUCAAGUGGAUCCCGGAGAAUUAGAUACUGUUACCAGCACUGGGACUCCUCAGGAACUUUCUGACGAGGGUGCAGAUAGCAUCAGUGGACUUGUAAACAAUGCGAGUAGUCCUGUCAACACUACCACUACCAGUAGUCACACUAGUACUCCCAAAGUGAACAAUGAAAAUUCAAAGUCUGAAACCUCCACACCGAGUGAUGUAAACUCUCAAGAAAUUUCUGAAUGUGAUGAUCAGCUUUUGUCAGAAUUAGAUGCCAUGUUAGAAGAUGAUUCCAGUGUGACAGGUGAUUCCACACAAGAAAUCCCAAAUGGUUCAAAUCCAGAGCCAUCUGCCACAGAUUUGUUGGAGUUGAAGGAACUGAAGGCGAAGUAUGUAGCACUGGCCGAGAAGGUGCGAGAACAAGAGGUGCAGAUAAAAAGUCAACAAGAGGAUAUUCGAGAAAGAGAUCUCAAGAUAGAAGACAUGAAGAAAAAAGAACAUGAGACCCUACGUCGUCAAGCAGCAGGGGCUGACAUCAGUAAAAGUGGAGAGGAUGUCUAUCUGGCUCAAACAAAAGCACUUGAGUACACCAUUGCUCAACAACAGAAGGAGAUCAAGCAAGUUAAAGAUAAGCUGGCUUCUCAUGAUCAGGCAGCGAAACGGGCAAUCUCGUCAUUACAGAAUGAACUCAAGCUUAGGGUCGAUCAGGUGACCAAGAUGUACCAAGAUUGUCUUCGCGAGAAGGAUCAGAUGGUUGUCAAAUAUGCUGAAGCUGAACAGAAGAAUCUGGAGCUGCAGAAGACGAUCGACAAAACAGAAUCCAAGGUCCGCGACCACGUCAAAGAUCGUGAGGUCCUUAUUGGCAAACUGAAAGGAUUCAGUCAAGACAAGAGUAAACUUUCUGCUCAGCUUCAGAAUAAGCAUGCCGAGUGCAACAGUGUGGUGAAGGAAUUGGACAAGUACAAAGAUAUGAUAUCAUCCCAAGAGGUCAAGGUCAAAUGGGCACAGAACAAGCUGAGAGCAGAACUGGACAGUCACAAGGAAACUAAAGGCAAACUUGAGAAAACGACGAUAAUGCUCAAACAAGCUAAGGAAGAGACGGAACAGAUUCGUCGCAACUGCCAAGAAAUGAUCAAGACAUAUCAAACAUCUGAAGAGAUUAAAUCCAACUCGCUCGACCAGCAACUUAAGGAGAAGCUGACUCUGCUAGAACGUCAGCAGCAGGAGCAUAAAGAUAAGGAGGGGGUGCAUCAGAUCGUACUCCAGGAGUUGGACGCACUCAAACGGAAGCAGAAGGAUGCUGUGGAGGAAAUUAAGACUUUGCGGGAUAAGGUGUUGUGUCUUGAAGCUGAGAGGCAAUCACAGGAGCAUACAUUGGGCAAUUACCAGGAUAUCUUACAGAAUCAGAAAACAGUCAACAGGGACACGAUUUCGCGACUACAAGAUCUUGAAAAGAUAGAGGCAGAGGUUGAAAAGACGAAGGAGGCGAAUCGAAAUUUACUGCAUCGCCUGGAAGAAAUGCAACAUGUUGAAAAGGAGACACAGCAAGAAGUCGGAUUGUGUAAAAAUCGUGAAACAGAACUCAUGGAACUGACCCAGAAACUGACGGGAAAGAAUGCACAGCUUGUUUCCGAGAAUACAUCAUUGACGACAAAAUUGUCCGCUGCUUCGGCUGACAUUGAGAAGCUGAAAUCUCAGUGUGAAUCACAGGAGAAGAGAAUAUCAAUAUUGACGGAGGAAUUAUCUGAAGAGAAGAGCAUGAGACAUAAGGAGAUCGAAAUUUUGACAAAACGAUUGGAUGAGAAGUCAAAACUUGUCGAGGAGUUGACCAUGCGCAUCGAGGAGGAAAAAGACGAGAAUAGAACAAUAAAGCGUAGACACACUGCCAACAUUAAAGAUCUCACUCGCCAGCUACAACUGGCGAGGAAGAAAUUAGAGACACUCGAACAGACAGCUGGGGACAAGGAUUCGUUGAGUCAGGGCUCCAGGACGAGUUCAACCAAUUCACUCGAUACGAUCAAUACGAAUGGUCAACAUUCGUCUGGGUCGGGUGGCAGUAAUAGUGCUGCAACGUCGAGAGCUUCUAGUCAAGAACCUUCACAUCAGGAUGUCUCCGAGACGCCCACGGUUCGUCAUAUUGAACCAGACAAGCAAAUGUUGAUAGAACGAAUUGUCAAGGUGCAAAGAAACCUGGCGAGAAAAAGUGAAAAAAUUGAAUUUGUCGAAGACCACAACCAACAGCUCCUGGAAGACAUCAAGAAAAAGGCCAAAAUUAUUCAACACUACAUCCUGCGUGAAGAGGCCGGAGCUCUUGCUCCUGACUCAAUGGAUGAGAUAAAGCCCUCACAUAGGAGAGAUGUUAAGGCGCAGCUUUCGAAAAAGGGUGGCAUUAUGGCAUCAGUGUACAACUCUCAUCCAGUCGAUGGUAGCAUGACGCUUGAUCUAUCGCUAGAGAUCAACAGAAAGUUUCAGGCUGUGUUAGAGGAUACGUUACUGAAGAAUAUCACUCUAAAAGAAAAUAUAGAGACUCUCGGUGCUGAGAUAGCCAGACUGUCACAAGAAAAUCGGACAAUACAGCUGAAACUGAAGGGCCAUAAAUCAUAGUACAGAAGGACACGCCAUAGGCUAAUACUUUUCAACAAGUCUGCUAGAGUUUGUUUCAAGAUUAUCUACGAAUUGGCCUUGGACUGAAGAGGCCGUGCAGAUGACAUUAGCACAACAAACGACGCCAUUUUGAAUGUCAAAUUGACGUCAUUGACCCACUUGGUUCUCUUUUCCCUUGGGUACAAGACUGUCCGUCAGGAAUUGGGGCACUGUCAGUCAUAAAGUUAUGUGCACCUGCCACUUUGUUGGGGUUGGGUUAAAGGCACAGAUUGACAUCCAAAAUGGUCAUCCUAAUGACGUCACUGCAUGUCCUCAGUGCCUUGACAUGUGGAUGUUCCAGACACGAAGGAAUAUGUUAUAUUAAUUCAGGUUUAUUGACUAUUUGAUUCAAGGAUAAAUCACGAUUGCUCAUCUGUUGGGAAUUAUUUUCCAGUUGUUCGAUUGGACACUAGUUAGGCACAGGCAUAGUCGUCUGUGAGCGACUUUUGUCCAUCUCUACUAUGUCAAAUGUAUAGUAAUUAUAGCAAUAAUUUGAGCGUGGUUUGAAGUUUUGGAAGUCAUGCAAGCUCAUUUCCUUUGAAUUGGAAGUAACCAGAUGUCAUUUGAAUUGCAUUUCUUAGACAAAAAAGUUUGACAAAAUCUGCUAAAUUUGUUCUAAGGCCUGUCUGGUACAAUGGGCCAUCAGUUCGUUUCAAAGAUUUGACCGGGCUGUCAGUGGUUCACUCUACCUACUAUACUACUGACAUCUUCUUCAACAUUCCUGGUGGUCUCAAGCAUUUUACUUGUAACUUCACAAUGUAUACAUAUCUACUGUACAUCAAGCACUUGACUGUCUUCAACUCAUUUCCACUUAUCCUUUGGUUUGAUGCAAUCCUCAGUAAAAAGUAAACGUUGUCUACAGUGUCAUCCUGUGUGUGGGCCAGUUGCCAGAUUUUGCUUUUGAGACACUCCAAACUUCCAAAAGCUUAUCUCUAAUGCACAGGCACUUCGGAAGACAAUUUUACCCUCCUUUACCUAACAUCUGGCUAACCAACCCACAGCUACCGACAGACCUACAACUACAUGAACUAAGCCAUCAUGAUCAAUAUUGGAGGCCUCCACAGAGCAUUCUGGAGAUUCAUUGCAACUCCAGUUCAUGUUGUAAGGUUAGAGCUUUAGCUUGGAAAGUUGGAUUGGAACUGAAAUUUGAAGCAGUCACAGCUUGUACUCAUUCUCAAAUAAUCUAUUGUGUUCAUGUAUCAAUUAUUAUCAUAUGAAUACAGGACUAUUUCACUAUUCUAACUUCUCUUUAAAAGUUAUAUCGGAUUCGUCUCGGAAAUCAUAAAUGCAUUUUAUCUAUAACAUAAUCAUAUAUGCAUUUGUAGUAUAAUCAUUAAAUAACUCUGUCCAAGACAUAUAACAGUACUUUGUAACAAUAUGAUAUCAAAUUCACAGCUCAUCCAAGAAGUGCCACUUAUGUAAAAUUCCUAAGGCAGACUGUUACGUUCAUGCGACAUGUCUUCAUUACAUUAUUUUUCUUAUUUGAUUAAUCUGAAAUGUCGGAAGACCUAGAUGGGUUAUUGUAAAACUGGACGACAUAAUGUACCUUUGAUCAAAUUAAGUGUAUUUCGAAAUAAUUUGCAGGAUUCAUUGGGCGCCAUGGUGGUUUUAUAGCACCGUGUGUAAUCUUUCCUAUGUUUUUGGUGCUAGUUUUAGUCUAUCUUUUGAGUUUGGUGCUGCCUUUGGUUGCCAUUUCUUGCUUUUGUGUUUGGUCACAUUUUGCGUUAGUCUGCUUCAGCUGAGGGAGUUUUGAAAUGGAAAACAUCUCCACGAUUCAGUGAUGAGCGGGAGGGGGAACUGAGGACAAGUAUUCUGUGAAGUGCCAGAGGAGCAUGAGAAUGUUGGGCCAUUCAUUAGAGCAAUGUAGGGUGAAGCCUUUUGCGUAAUCUAGCUGUACUGUCAGGAGUUAUGAAGAGUGGGCAGUUUACAAGGUCCAUCUCAUCUCUGUAAUCAUGUACAAUUCACUAUUAUUGUUGCAUUUGAGCUAAAAUGAUGGUAUUGGAAUUGUUCCAGGAUUGGCUGUUGGCCAGAUUGUGCAGGCAUGGUUUGUAAAAUCUAUGUUUUGUUUGUGAUUGUACAUGUAAAUGAUUAUGUACAGGGCGACUGGGUGAUGUUGAGUGUAAAAUGGGUCCGUCUCGUGUUUAUUGUUAUUUAUUCAUGUAAAUAGUCUAGGACCAAAUACAUUCAGGUUGAAUAUUAUAUUCA